AUUCCGACACUUCGGGGGAUCGCGAGCAUAAAAAAUCAUAAUUUUGCUCUGAGUGGGUGAUAUUGUUCCAAAGUAAAAUUAAAAUUAAAGAGAUUAAAUUUAAACUUACUUUAAUUUGAAAACCAAUAAUUAUUUGAUUUCUAUAUAUUCACAUUUUUCUGUAAGAGAAGUAACAUGGCUGAACCCAAGGCGAAAUACGUCUUUGACUUCGAGAAGCUGAAGCAGACGUUCAUCGAACUUUGUCCGGAUUUCAAGGAGGAGCCAAGCUAUGAGGAGGCCACAGUCAGUCGGCGCUUCGCCCAGCAGGUGAUCUUCAGCUUCAGCAAGGAGGCGGCGGCUGCCAAGUCGCAAAAGAAGGACGUGUCCUGGUCGAUGCGGCUGGAUGUGGUCAAUACAAAGGGGGCAGCGAUCCGCAGCGAGAUAAAGAUCGAGACGCACUGGAUCCAGGAUCCUCCGCAGAAUCAGCCCUUCGUCAUGCGGGGCCUCCUGCUGUUGUCCUUCAAGCAGGCCAGUCUGCUGGCGGUGGAGAAGUACUGCCAGUUGGUUCCCCACCAGGUGAAGCGCGGCGAGGUGGUGCUCACUCCUCUGGCCGGAGCCGUGUUCUCCAAGUUUGAGAUUCCCAAGCUGGCCGAGGCCCUCGGCGAGCCCCUUGAAGAAGUCGUAGUGGCCAUCAUCAGCAGCUGCCAAACAGAUGGAUACUAUCUGGAGCACAGUCGCUGCCACAUCGCCUUGGUUGCCCUGAUCAAGACGGUUUCGGAUCUGAAGAUGCGGGCCUCCAUUGUCAAGAAGACCAUCAAAAUGUACAAGCUGCACGGCAAGGAGUUCGACAUGGAAAAGUUCAAGAUCUGGAGCACAUUCCUCAGGAAGUCGACUCCAGCCAAGCGUCGAAGUGACAGCGUUGGGGAUGAUGAUUACGAAAAGCUGACUGAGCAAAUUCUUCAUGCCUUUCAGCUUAACAGCAAGGAGGAUUUGCUCCAGGAGAAGCGCAGCUCCAAAAGCCCAAUGAAAUGCGCGGCCAACUUUCAAUGGCCUAAAUCUGGAUCCGCAAAUGUUUGAAGCAACUGUGGAAGUUUCAUUCAC